AUGACCAGCGCUGGGUCAAUAAAUAGCAUAGGGCUCGCGUGCUUGUUCGACGCCCACGCGCUUCGAUGGCGACUCGUGAAGCUGCGACACGAAGGGCCAGGCGGAACCGCUGACCGGGACGCGUGCAGCCGGCGCAGCAGGUGGCAUGAUGACUGCUCUUCGGAAGAGCCGCGCCGCGCGGAGAGACUGUGGACCACGGACGACAUGCCGCGCCUUGACAUGGACCAAACGGAUGAACCGCCGCGCCGUCACGCGCACGAUCCGCCGCGCGCGGAGACCUGGGCAAGAGGUUCUGACUCCUCCCUUUCCCACCCGCCACCUUCGCCCUCGCCACCACCGCCUGCACUCGCGGGCGGAGCAGAUUCAGAUGUGGGAGCAGCAGCAACGGACUCGACAGCAACAGCAGCAGAAGCAGCGGCAGAGGGGCGGUAUGCAGCCCCGUUCCUAGUGGAUGAGCUGAUGGGCAAGGAGCAGCUGAGGCGCGUGACGACGAUAAAGGACUGGGGCUACUACUACUGCAGCCACCUCUGCGACGACCCCGAAUCGUCUCGCCCCGAAAUCGACCCGGAUUAUGUCUCGCCCCUUCCGCCCCUGGAUGCCUUGCGCUCGCGUCUCGAGCAGCUGCUGUCGCGACGCCCGCAGCACGUGAGCGCGCUUCACAUGCCCGUGACUGUCGACUUCUGCUCAGGCUGGGCGUGGCAGAUUAGGGAAAUGAUGGGCUUGGCGCGCUCAUGCGUGAACCUGCGGUCGCUGCACCUUGUCUCUGAGCCGCCAAGACACGCCUCGUGCCCGAUCCACCUGGACAAUCCCAGCGAUUGGGGAUGGAAGAAGCAAGCUCAGGCGGAGCAGAUGAGGGAGCUUGUAACGAGUUGUCCGCAGCUACGCUCACUGCACUUCAUCCUCGGAAGAGGGGAGGAGGAGGAGGGAGGCGGAUGGGUGGGGGACGCGUGGGGAGGGGAGGACUCGGUGGUGGGGUGGCUGCCUGCCUCGCUGUGGUCGCUCACGCGCCUGCAGCAGCUCACCACCAACGUGGGAGGCGAGUGGCACUGCACGGGCCUCAACGCCCUCUUCGCCCCCCACGAUUCUACCCACCCGCACCAGUGCCACCGGCAGUGCCUAGCCUCCCUCCCCAACCUGACCUCUCUCUCCCUCCUCGCUCACUGCACCUUCCCUCCAUGCCUCUCCUCCCUCUCCUCCCUCACUCUCCUCUCCAUCCCCCUCGCCUCCCCUCUCCAAACUCCCGCUUCUCUUGCGCUCUUCUCCCACUGGCCCCGUUUGUCUCAUCUGCACGUCAAUGGUGAGGGUCCCGCCGAACCAACAUUUUUCCACACCGAACCUGCAUCUGGUCACACCGAACCUCCCCUGUGCCCCGAAGCAGCCCCUUCGUCAGCCUCCCUCCGCCACGUCACUCUCACGGGGACAGCUGGCGUCAUCCCAUUGGCGGUGUGGGGGCGGCUGUGCCCUCAGCUGCAGUCGCUCAAGAUCCAAGGCUCUCCUUUCGUGGCCGUGCAAGGAUGGGGGGAGGCAUCUGGGGAGGCGAGGGUGGAGGGGGAUGUAGGGAAGGGCGCAUGUGGUGCAGCAGCUGCGUGCUUCUUCCCUUUCCUUGAAGAGCUUGUGCUCCACAAUGUGAGCAGCCAUGCGGGCUCUCACACAGGGCAAGGGCACUCAAGACCAGAGCACACUGGCCCGCAGCAACCGCAGCACACGCUCGCAUUCAUGGGCGUGCUGCCACGCCUGACCCACCUGGCCAUCCAUGACACCCGAUGGCCUUCCCAUCCCCAAAUGCACGCACCCACCAUCCUGCCGCACCUCCUCCCCAACCUCACCUUCCUGCGGAUCCACUCCCCCCCACGUGCCCCCCUGCCCGUGCUGCCCCACCUGCGCACGCUCAUAGUGGGGUCCUACCCGCACUCCUCGCGCUUCCUCGCGUCGCUCGCCCUCUUCCCCGCCCUCACUGCCCUCCGCAUCUUCAACCUCUCCAUGCACAACUACCAUUCCGCCCUCUCCUGCCCUCCCCACCUCACAUCGCUCCAAAUUUGCCAAUCCCACACUCCCCUCCUCCCUGACUGCCUCCGCCUCUUCUCCUCCCUCACUCGCCUCCACCUCUUCCAGUGUACCCCGCUCCGCGCCCUCCCCUCCUUCCUCUCCACCUUCUCCUCCCUCACUCACUUCUCCUUCAACCGUGGCUACGACCCUGUCGUGGUGCCUGUGGGGCUCCAAGGGUAUCUGCAGGGGAGAGGCUGGGCGCGAGAGCAGGAGGAAGAGCAGAAAACGAAGGGGAAACCGAAGAAGAAAAGGGAGAUUGAGAAGGAGAGGAAGAGGAAGAUGAGAUUUCAGAGUGUGUUUGAGGGAUCGGUGUUGAGUGAGGUGCAGAAGGAGGAGCAGAGGGAGUGGUGGCGACAGGUGGGGAGGAAAGAGGAAGAGCAGUGGGAGUGGAGAUGUGAGGGUGUAAGAGGAGAGGGGCAGGACGCGCAGCAGCAGCAGCAGCAGCUGCAGCAGCAACAGCAGCAGGAGGAGGAAGAGUGGCGGCAGGAGGCGGAGCAGGGAGGGGAGUUGGUGCAAGGGGUACAGGAGGUGGAGCAGAGGUGCUACAGCAGCGGCAGAACAGCAGCAGCAGCAGCAGCAGCAGCAGCAGCAGCAGCUGCAGCAGCAGCAGCAGCAGCAGCAGCAGCUGCAGCAGCAGCAGCAGCAGCAGCAGCAGCAGCAGCAGCAGCAGCAGCAGCAGCAGCAGCAGCAGCAGCAGCAGCAGCAGCAGCAGCAGCAGCAGCAGCAGCAGCAGCAGCAGCAGCAGCAGCAGUAGCAGGAGCAGCAGCAGCUGCAGCAGCAGCAGCAGCAGCAGCUGCUGGAGCAGCAGCAGCAGCAACAGCAGCAGCAGUAGCAGCAGCAGCAGCAGCAGCAGUAGCAGCAGCAGCAGCAGUAGCAGCAGUAGCAGCAGCACUCACGGAAGCAGCAGUGCCGACAGCAGCAGCACGCAGCUACCAUGGGAGCGGUCACAGCAGGAUAAGCCACCACGAGACGAGAGCAGCAGCAGCAGCAGCAGCAGGUGUCAACGGUUCUCCUCUCUUCUCCUCCGCGUGGCUCACCUCUGACUCUCCCUUCUGGGUCAUCCACUCCUCCCCCACCUCCCCCUUCUCCCUGCUAACCUCCUCCCGCCCUCACUUCACCCUCCCCCCUCCCAUCACCCCCUGCUCCCUCUCCUCCUGCUUCACCCACUAUAUAAACAACGAGGAACACCUCUCCCCCGUCUGGUUCGCCUCGCUCCCCUCCCCCUCCUCCCUCGCGCACACCCUCGCCCACUACCCCAACCUCUCUACGCUCGCCCUUCUCCUCGUCUCCACCACGGCCUGCCCCCUCCGCCCCUCCCAUCUGCGCUCGCUGCUCGCUGCUGCUGCUGCUCUCCCUGCUCUCACCUCCCUCUCCUUGCUCCUGGAGCUCGGCUUCUUACCUGAAUACAGGUGCGGAUAUGGGCGGCAGGACUGGCAGGACGACUGGUGGGAGGCUGCUGGAACGGAGGCAAACCAGGAGAUGGAGAGGGGGCUGUUUGCCGUGCUGAAGAGAUGCCGGGGACUCAAGCAGCUGCACCUUCAAGGGGACACCCUCACGAACCGCCUCAAACUCCCUGACUCACUCUUCCUCCGCUGCCCACAACUCACCGCCCUCUCCCUCCCUCUCUCCCGCCUCCCCUCCUCCCUCCUCCUCCUCUCGCGCCUCACCUCCCUCGCCCUCGCCCUCCCAGCAGAAUCCAUGCCUCCACAGCUCUCCCUCCCCUCCCCCUUCGCCCACCUCCGCUCCCUCCACUCGCUCGCCCUGCACGUGCCAAGCACCCUCAGCCGCUUCUACCACCCUGAGGACGGCAGCAGCUGGAGCAGCGUCUCUGGCGACCUGCUGCUGGGGCUGCCCUCGUGCCUCUCCGCCCUCUCCCUGCACCUCCCCAUCUCCACCAUGCCCUCUUCCUUCUCCUGCCUCACUUCCCUCACUCGCCUCGACACCAACCUCUGGAUUCCGGGACUGGAUGAUGAUGAUGAGGAGGAAGGGGUGGGAGCGGAGGAGGAUGAGGAGGAGGAGGGGGAGGAGGAAAGGGUGGGAGAGGAUGAUGGUCAUGAUGGUGAUAAGGAGGAGGAGGAGCGGAGCAACGGGUUUGCCAACGCAGGCACUGAUGAGAGACUGCUGCCUUUCUGCAACCUCACCUCCCUCUCUCUCUCCCACUACCGAUCCUUCCCCUCUCUCAUUCCCCAUCUCACCGGCCUCACUUCCCUCUCCCUCCCAUCCCUCUACUGCGCAAUCGACCUCUCUCGCCUCACUCGCCUGGAGGACCUCUUCCUCUGCUGCGACAGCCGCUGCGACAGGUCCGACUCUGCCUGCCUGCCCCACCUGCCCCGCCUGCGUCGCCUGCGUCGCCUGCGCGUGCAAUGCCCUGAUUCUUCCGUGCAAGUCGCUCGAUUCAUUGCCCGCGUAGCACCAUACCUGGAGCAGCUUGACGUUCGAGCCGACCGCAUCCGCUUCUCCGCGGGAAAUCUUUGCGAGUGGCGCACAGACAGUGGUGAAUGGUGGGCGCCUGUGUUUCCCAAGCUCAAGGUGCUUCAGCUGCUGGCCAACUCAGGCCCCUCUUCCUAUGUCGAGAUGUCGCUCUUCCCUGCCCUCGAACACAUGGCACUAGCUGGCAAUCGUUACGUGGCCUGGGAGGUGGAGAGUGGCUUCUCUGCCAACCUGCGCUUCCUGCACUUGGACCGUGCAAAGCUGUCGGGGUUUGAGAGUGAACCUCAGCUGACGCAGCUGACGGCGCUCACCACUCUGGUGGUGGACAACGCUGACUGCCGGGACUUCCUUGCAUGCCUCUCCUGCUUCUCCUCCCUGCACACCCUCCGCCUCUCCAACAUCAACAGAGGCUGCUCCCAGCCCUAUCUUACGUGCCCGCCUCGCCUCUCCACGCUUCAAAUCUGUCGCUGUGACCUGCCGCACCUCCCAUCCUCGCUGCUCAAAUUCUCCCGCCUCACUCGUCUCGACCUCCUCCACUGGCGCCGCUUGCACUCUCUCCCGCCUUUCCUCUCCGCCUUCACGUCGCUCCGCCAUUUCAGACUCACCUCCGAUGGCCCCAUGCCCCGAGUGCCUCCGUGCGUGGAAGAAUUUCUCAAGGGCAGGGAAUGGUACAACCAUUCUCCUUGUGAUGGCAGCUUUGAGGAUUGA